UACCCCAAGAGUGCUAAUAAUCUCAACACAUGUCUUCCUCUUCCUCUUCGCCUCUUCAACAGCUCGUCUUCUUCUCUAUGCAGUCAUGGACAACGUUCGGCAGGGGCACGUGGUUGAUGCCAGUCUGGCAUACCUACAGAGGCUUGAGGAUGAGAUGCGAGUUCUGAACGGGACACAACUCGUUUCAUCUGACAGCAGCACCCUGGGAUCCCCGAGCGCUAGGAAACGAAGGCGACUGGAGAGUUCAAGCGAGAGCGAGGGCAAAACUUCCAAGAAGACCAGGAUCACCUCUGCUAGCCGGGACAGAGUUGAUGUUGUCUUUGGCCCUGCGGAGCAUCCCCAGGACAGGUCGCGGCAGCUCCCAGCGGAGUUGUGGCAUCACAUCUUUUCCUUUCUCUCACCGGUUACUCUUGGGCGCUGUCUGCGUGUCAACCGGCUGUUCCACAAAUACCUCGAUCCUGUCUCGCCCUUCAUCUCUUCUGUGAUACACGUGCCUACUACUCGUAUAUUGCCUAGACUGCCCCCAGACGCCAUCUGGCGAGCGUCCAGAUGUCUUCACUGGCCAGCUAUGCCCGCGCCGCUUAAGGGAAAGUUUGAAUUGGAUAUGUGGCGGUUUGCCUGUAUCCGAUUUUGCCAAUUCUGCGGCCAGCUGGACAAAGCCUACAAUACCACUGAGGAUUCUUCAAAGUCCCGCAGACCUGGCAAUACCACUGUAUCGCCUAUCUUUCCUUUCUUCAUCAAUUCGUGCGGGAACUGUUUGGUUGGGAAGAGCAUCAAGGAACUUGACUUCUAUGUAUCAACAUCAAGACCAUCACUCAUAUCAUCGGGGCUUCCUAUGGUUUUUCUGACGCCUGACAUGAAUGUAAUCUCCCCUCAAGAAUUGCGAAGCAUCCCAGGGACCAUUACCCCUCUUCAGUUGACAAAAGUGUAUUGGCCUGCCCAAGUGGAGAGGCUUCAGGAAGAGUUUGAAGAAGUCAAGCGAUUUGGCGUUGCAGCUACUGAAGAGUGGAAAAAAGGCUUAGAAACUCGAGGCAUUGAACAAAUUCAUGACGCUUCCCGAUGGGAUAGGUGGCUUCUGUCAGGAGGCGUCCGCCAAAUGCGCAGACAUUCGACUCAGCCAACUGCUAACAAGCCAGAAAUUGCUAAAACUCUACAGAAGCAGCGACAGGAUGUUGAGACUACUGUACGAAUUCAUAUCUCCAACCUCGCAGAUGAGGUCAUAGACCGCUGGGUUAAGGGACGCAGCGUCAAGAAGGGAAACUGCGCAGACUUCGCCGUGGAGGUGUUGGCAUACGUCCGCAAACAGUUCUAUAAGGACGGAGCGAGGGCCGUUUCCUUGACACGAGGACUGACUCUGGACGAUAUGCGAUGGAUAUUCGAUCAUAAGAUUGGGCCACAUACCAACCACUAUGCUAUGAAGCACCGCACAAAGAAGUUGAAGAGCAUGACUAUGCUUUGGAGGACGGAGUGGCCUGAGGAGCCCCCAUUCAGGAGCUCAACAUCUGUCAGCUCCAAUCCAACAAUGCCUGGUGUGCCGGAGGCAAAUCACGUGGAAGAACGCCGCGAGCACGCCCCCUAUACGAUAGAGGCACCGGCUUCGGUCAUGGCAUCGCAAAGAGAACAAAGCCACGUCAGUGGUUACCAACAACCGAUGUCCACGACCUUCUACCAGUCCUACGACAUCGUUGACGUGCGGAAUUUACCGAAUGGCUACUACAUUCAAUAUCCCGUCUUCCACGACUAUAGAAUUCCCUCUAAUUCUAGUUAUUCCAGCUAUACCAUCAGGGAGUCGCACAACAAUACUGGAGCCUUAUCACAGGUUUAUAAUGUUUAUGAGUCACGAGAUCCAUUGGCCAAUAGAAGAUCGGGAGGUUGGGAAUGACAUGGGCAUAGAUUAGAGCUUUUAUAGGAGCAUUCUCUCUUUUAUUUUUGUUCUUGUUAAACACUUAUGACAACGGCGUUUUAAGGCAUCUCACUACUGAGGCAAAGGCUACUUAAUUGAAGAGGAAAUGGUGGUUUGUACAUAUCUAUAUAUAAUAACUCAAUACUUACCUACCUCUUUACCAGACGUUCUUUAC